AUGUGGAAUGCGUACGAAAGCGUUCAAGAUAAGAUAGAAAUAGAAGAUGAAAUAUCCGAUCACGUCCAGGAACGAGAUCAAUUCGAGCGGCAAUAUUAUGCGGUGCAAGCGUUAUUAGAGACACAUAUAAAUUCAUUAAAGGAACCUAGUAGACCUGUAACUGCUAGUAGAAUGUCAGAAUCGCCGAAUAGCUUUCGUGACACAUUUAAGACUUUAAUUCAUGACAAUGAAGCACUUCCGUCAGUGCAAAAGUUCCAUUUAUUAAAGAAUUCUUUACGCGGAGAAAUAGCGUCAGUCAUUGCGUCUCUGAAUGCCUCGGAAGAGAAUUAUUUCGUAGCUUGGGAUUUGUUAGAGCAACGGUGCAAUAAGCCGCGACAAAUCGUUCAGGCCCAUUUAAGGUUGCUGUUUGAUAUCCCAGAGAUCACUCGUGACACUCCCACCAAUUUAAGAGUAUUAGCUAAUCAAGUUCAGGUUCAUGUUACUGCGCUCAAGGUAUUAAAACAACCCAUUGAACAUUGGGAAGCGGUGUUAGUAUAUCUCACCGUGCAAAAAUUAGACAAGACUACCCGCCGUGCAUGGGAAAGAACGUUAGAAAAUGAGACCAUGCCUAAAUUCGUGGAUUUAAUUAAUUUUAUUAACAAACAAGCCCGCGGUGAGGAGAUAGAGGCAAAUCAGUUAGGUUCCUCUAAUAUAAAUCAAGAUACUCGUGGACAAAUCAGACCGGUUAGGCGGCCUCAAAAUUACAUUGCCACAAGCAAAAAACUGGCGUGCGCCGUUUGUAGGGAACAGCACGAAGUGUACGCGUGUCCGCGAUUUUUGCAAAUGGCGGUUCGCGAGCGGUCAGAAGUAGCGCGAAAUGCAAAAUUGUGCACUAAUUGUUUAAGGGUUGGCCAUAACGCGUACGCGUGCAUGUGGAAGGGUUGCCCGAAAUAUAGCAGGAAACAUAAUUCUUUGUUGCAUUUCCCUAAUAGCGUAACUCAAAUUAAUUCCGCGAGACCCACCGAAAAUGAGCCGAGUACUUCGACUAAUUUCGAGACAACGAAGGCCGCAUUAACCGUGACUUGUGAUUCAGAAGUUUUGUUGGGAACGGCACAAAUCAAAAUACUAGAUAAAUUCAAUCGUGAACAUAAGUGUCGCGUGUUGCUUGAUGGGGGCUCACAAACUCAUUUCAUCACGGAAAGGUUAGCAGAUUUGUUGCAAUUGGAGAAAAGGAAAAUUGAUUUAACUUUUUCAAGGUCUUAG